AUGUCGGGUCGAGCAGAGACAAUAGUCGCGCACGUUGAAGACGUCGACGAAUUUGAUAACAUCAUCGAGGGAACGGGCCGUUACGCAAACUCGGUUGCCCCAAGCAGCCCAGCGAAAGAGCAGCCCAACACCGGCCGAGCAAGAAGGGAGAAGGCUAGGAGAGGUUCUUCCUCCCCUAUCACCACGAGCAUCGUCACCGACUCCGACUCGACACUACACCCCAGGAGAGACUCGCUCAAGAAGUCGAGCAAGGAUCGGGAGAAGUCGGUUAGCAAAAAGGCGCUCAUGGCUGCCUCACGCCCACCGGUCAAGCAUUCUAAGACGGCGCAAGGCAUACCAAGGAGAGACGAGUCUGCCUACUAUGGUGUGGACCCCACCGUCACCCCAGCCAUCUCACGGCCUCGAGCCCAAAGUAGGCCGACGAGCUUUUAUGCCGUACCGAGGCCACCAGCAGCCAACGCGAGAUUUUAUGCAAACCAAACACCGGGCCCUUCCCCGCCCACUUCGUUCCCUCCUCCUUCGUGGAUGGGCCCAGGGCCGGGACCAGGGCCGGGACAUGGACCACCGGGACACGGACACGGACCAUCACCUUUCGGCCCCCCAUCGUCAUCCCCUCUCGUAAUGCACCACCCCCCUCCUCCUCCUCCGACGUCGGACUACUUCGCCCGCCCGCUUGAGUCUCGUUUUGGGUCCCGCCCACAGUCUUCUAUGGGCUUUCGGCCACCCCGUGCCAUUGAGUACGAUGACUACGAAGAGCCUGUCGAGAAAGCAUUAACACGGCGGCCUUCGAUGCCUCGAAAAGUAUCCAAGAACGAUGACGACAAGAGGGCGAUGCCUCCGCCACGCAGACCUUCGUCUGCUCGUCCAACCGCAAUGCCAUUUCGCCCGCCAUCCACCCCGGCCAGGCGAAGGGGUGAUCUUGACGAGCAUGACCCCGACAUGGACAAUGCUCUUUUUUCCGACCUCUCACCGCUGGCGCCAGUGGGCUAUGACUUCAGUCCGAUCCCUUUCCGUCCGCGGCCCAGCUUUGGUGCCGAGUCGGGGUACGAUAUGCCUGAUCAGCAUACCGAAGUAGCUGGGCACCGCCGGCGCAAUUCGUAUUACGGUGGCAACUCGAUCUCUUCCGGCAGUGCAUACGAGGACAAAAUGCGCCAGGCCAGCCGUUACCAGGACGAUAUCAUCGGUGUGCCCCAAAUGCCGUUGACAGCAGAGACGCUUCGGAAGGCGGGUAAGAGUGGCGGCACCAGCAGCAGGUCCACCAGGAGCUCGGGGAGCCAUGACGAGAGCGACUACAGGCAGUCAGCAACGACGCGGACCACGAGGUCUACAGCGCCCAAUAAUGACGAGGAUGUCACAAUUCGCGUGAAAGGGAGCACGGUGCUCAAAUUCGGCAACACAGAGAUGCAGUGCCAGGACGGAGCCGAAAUCAACAUCACGUCAAGGAGUGGCAACCCCGAAAUUCGAGCUGCCGGCAGCGACAGGUCGAGCUAUGUCGACCAAGACGAUCGCCGGACCAGGGUUGACCAGGACGACCGCCGUACCAGGGUAGACAUCCCCACCCAGUCACGCGUGCGAGCCACGUCGCGGGCCAAGUCUCGCCCAAGGUCUUUCUCCCGCUCCUUUUCCAAGUACGACGUUGCCGCUCCCAAGUAUGAGGUCGGUCGGUACGACGCUGGGCCCAGGUAUGACGGCGGCCCUGAUUAUGACGCGUACACCACAUACGCCCCGACGCUGCCGCCGCCGCCGCCACCACCCCCGUAUCCCGAAUAUCCCUCGUCGUACUCGUCGCGGCCUGGCGAGUACUUUGGCGGUCCACCACUAUAA